AUCUCUAGUAUUGAUUGUAGCACUACGUAAGAGGUAUGCGCUAAUAUUUCCUAAUCGAAGAAGUUGCUAGCGCUCUUUGUGGCGAAAGGUGUCAAUUAAGAGUAUGAAAGAGGCGCAGUUGAAGGGUACUUCCAUGUACUUCAAAUUUACUUGACUCCGAUACUCAGUCAUCAACGCAAAGAACAAAAAGGUGGAACUUUCGUAAACGAAUGCUGAGAGAGUUGGUUGAUAUUGUUGAGUUUUAAUUAUAUACACCUCACCGAAUGCACUGUUCUCCCUGUUCUAAAAUAAGACAAGUUCAACAAAUACAAGGGUAAGGCGCUUUCCAGGAAUUUGAGGGAACUGUUUCGGUACUGAGAAUUUGAGAGCACGUGUGAAGAGGGAAAUAAAUUGUCAGGAUUUAAUGACAAUUUAACAUUAGAAAAUUGAGCUGUGUAAUUGAAGCUACCGUUUCAGAAAGAUGUCUUUCAGAGUUGUACGCAGCAGCAAGUUUCGUCACGUGUAUGGGCAAGCUUUAAAAAGAGAACAAUGCUAUGAUAAUAUUCGUGUGUCUAAGUCAUCGUGGGAUUCGACAUUCUGUGCAGUGAAUCCAAAAUUCCUAGCCAUAAUUGUGGAAUCUGCCGGUGGAGGAGCAUUUGUUGUUCUACCUCUUAAUAAAGUUGGACGAAUUGCAGCCGACCAUCCUCUUGUUGGAGGCCAUAAAGGUCCAGUUUUGGAUAUUGCAUGGUGUCCUCAUAAUGACAAUGUCAUUGCGAGUGGCUCUGAAGACUGUGUUGUUAAAGUGUGGCAAAUACCUGAUCAUGGGAUUAGUCGAACGCUCACUGAGCCUGUCGUUGACUUGAUUUACCAUCAGAGGAGAGUGGGUCUCGUCCUAUGGCAUCCAACCGCCCUGAACAUCCUCCUGACUGCAGGGUCAGACAAUCUGGUGGUAAUAUGGAAUGUGGGAACUGGAGAGUCUUUGAUUCAGCUGAAUUGCCACCCUGAUAUAGUGUACUCAGCAUGUUGGAACUGGGAUGGGUCUCAGCUUCUUACCACAUGCAAAGAUAAAAAAAUGCGCAUUAUCAAUCCACGAACUGGAGAGGUCGAAGAGUAUCCUUUUGGUACAAGUGUCAAAAUAGUGAAGAGCUUGCAGGACUUCUACUGUAAAGAUGAUCUGAUGGUGAAUGAAGCUGUUUGUCAUGAAGGAAGCAAAGCUACGCGUGCCAUUUACUUGAAGAGUGGACUUAUUUUCACAACUGGAUUCAGUAAGAUGAGUGAGAGGCAAUAUUCCCUCCGUGCUCCGGAACAUCUCAAUGAGCCCAUUGUGAUGGUUGAACUAGACACCAGCAAUGGUGUGAUGUUCCCCCUCUACGACCCUGAUACUAAUCUAGUUUAUUUGUGUGGAAAGGGUGACAGUGUUAUUCGUUACUUUGAGAUAACUGCAGAGCCUCCAUUUGUGCAUUAUAUCAACACUUUUCAAACACCAGAUCCCCAGAGAGGCAUCGGUAUGAUGCCCAAACGUGGCUGUGAUGUGAAUUCCUGUGAGAUCACUCGAUUUUUUAGGUUAAACAAUUCAGGACUUUGUCAAGUUAUCACCAUGACAGUUCCAAGAAAGUCUGAAUUGUUUCAAGAAGAUUUAUAUCCAGAUACUUCUGGAGAUACACCUGCCUUAACUGCUGAAGAAUGGAUGUCAGGGAAAGAUGCGGAACCUAUACUCAUUAGCCUUAAAGGUGGCUAUACACCUAGCACCCAAAAGUCAGACUUGAAGGUGACCAAGAAAUCAAAUGUGCUCGAUAGACCCACAAAAGGAUCAACACGAAUCGGUGGUCCCCAACCUGGAGGUGCAAGUUCUGGAGGAGGGGGAGGAGGCGAAUCAUAUAUUCCGGAUGAUAUUGUCAAGGAAUUCCAGGAGGAAAUUCGCAAGAUGAAAGCCGUGAUAGUAAAGCAUGAAAAUAGAAUUCGAGCUCUUGAGGCUCGCUUGGCUUCGUCUGAUGCAAGAGGUGAGGAUGAAGGCAAGGUGGGGGAUGGUUUGGGUGUUGGGCACCCGCCAGCUGCUCAGUCUGCAGUUAGCAACAGUCAUGCUGGUGGCUCAGCACCUGCGUCAGAAGAUUUAGCCCCUGAUGAAGUGUAAUGUCAAAUGUGUCAGGUGGCAACAUGCUAAUCAAGUUAAUUUUAUUUGUCUCUAAGAAAACCAUUGUAGGUUUUGUACUACAUGGUAUUUGAGAAAUGAAUGAAGGACAACAUUAAAAAGGAACGAGAGUCAGCCUCAGAAUAUUUUGACUGUUAUUUGUUUUUUAAUUGAUGUAAGUGGUUGAAAUGUGGUAUUACUAAACAAGCAAGUAACCAGUGUUUUGUUAGAUCAUUAAUUUUAAUGAAUCUCACGUUGCUCAUUUUCUGGUUGUGUGUUUCAAUUUCUUUUUAGUAAUAGCUGAUUGUUGUGCAGAUACAAUUUGACUUAGUUUUUGUUUAAAACAUAGUUUCAUCAGUCAUUCAGCAGAUGUUUUUGCUGUAUGCAGAGUUUUCAUAUGAAGUAAUUGUGAACGAAUUGCUCUAAAUGAGGUUAUCUAAACCUUUAGUUAUAAAACCAGUACCUAAUGCAGUAACCCUUACUAUUGGUUCAAUGACAAUUAUUGGCGUAAAGCAAUUAUCUAGAGGCGUUCUUUCAUGACUGUGUGUUUGUUUUUGUAUAAUUUUAUAUUAUUGCAUCAUGGAGCAGAAUUUUUUGACUUAAUUUGAAGUCAAAGUGAUUGUAUUUUUUACAGUGCUGUACGAGGUAAGAUAAGUUCUUUUAAUGCUGAUAUUGAAUUUUAUUUUGGUAUGAUUAUAUGUAAAAUUAUAAGAAUGGAAUAUGUGCUAUAACCAGCAAUAAAGACUACUGUUCUGUUCUGUUAUGCUGGUUACUUCUAAUUCUCAAUGUUCUUCUUUAAAAAGAAAGUGGUAUGUUAACAUAUAUUGAAAAGAUUGAACAACAAUAUUUUUAUAUAUAAAAUGCCUUAAUUGUUAUGAGCUGGAAUAAAUGAAUUAUAUAACAGUGUUAAAAAAAACUUGUAUAAGAUUUGAUUUGUUGAUGAAUCUUUAAGAGAGGAGACUUCAAUCCUGAAAAUAAAUUAUUUCAUAUUCUCAUGCCAAAUCUGUUACAUAUUAAUUUGCAUUCUAUUACUUAUGUACUAAUAGGUCUCAAAAUCCGAAAUAUUGAACCAUUCAAUGCAUGAUUGUAUAAACAUACAAAAUACUUUACAAGUCAUAUUACUGAAAUAGUUUGCUUAGUAUUUGUUUUACUUUAAUUGUAAUUUGAGUGUGUAAAAAAAAGUGCUAAUGUUUUGCAUAUGUAAAACUUUUCAUCAGUAUUGGAACAUUAAGAUAUUGUUUAAAAUUUGUAGAUAAAUUAGUCCAAUUAAUAGAAUUGUUUACGUAAUAAGACAAGGUUCCAAUCACAUGAAAACAUUUUCUUGUGGAUGAAAGCAGAUGCCAUGUGCCUUAUGUGAAUAUGAAUUAAUUUAAAAUCUUAUUUUCAAAGUUUAGCAAAAUGUUAUGCUUGAACUUUAAGGUUUUAUUAGGAAGAAAAUGUAAAAGUAAACAUAAAGAGUUUGUGUGCCAUCAAAAACAUGGUCUUACAUUAUCAUAACUGAACAUAGCAUCCUCUGAAAUAAUUGUUUUAUGAUCUAUGUAAAAUUCUUGGACAUUUGAAUGAUUUUGGAUGAUUUUAUGCCAUCUGAUUUCUCGCCUCACCCUAAGUACUGUAAUUAUUCAGCAAGGACAAUUAUUCUUUGUUGAGACAAUUAAGAUAUCUCGUUGGAAUAAUACAUUGGUUAGAAGUUUUGUUUAUCUUUGUGUUUAAGACUGUUUCUGUAUUAGGAUAUUGUUUUCUCUGGUUUUCUUUAGAAAUUAUAUAUGCUAGUCGCUUACGCACAUCACUAGUUAGCGGGGACUUGUUGCUGAUAACAGGAGUAACUCAAGCAAGACUACAUGGUGCUUUAAUCUGGCUUACUCAUGGCAUAUGUUGUGUUAUGAGGAAAAUAAAGCUGGAUAAUUAAUGUUAUCAUCCAUGUUUAAUUCUCAACAAUUAUAAUCACGUUUUACAAAUUUGUUAUACAAAUUUGUUUUGUAUGUUUAAUCAUGUUUUAAAAAUUUAUUUAAACUGUUGAAAGCAAGUUUAUGACUACACUCCAGGUCAAACUGAAUUAGUUGUAUUGAACACAAUAUUCCUUUCAGUCUCUCUGGUGUGGUAUUGUUUUCUUAAGUGUUUUUUUAAUUUUAAUUUUUAUGUGUGGCUACAUUAUUGUAGCUAAUUUGCUUUCAACAGUUCCUUGUUGAUUUGGAUACUGGAAAUAGAAUCUUCAAAAUAAAAGAGCCAUUGAGCUACUUAUCUGUGAGAUGCAGAUUUAAUAGUUAGACAAAUGUGGUGUUAAGUUACCAAAGCUCUCUCUCUCUCUCUCUUUUCUUUUUUUUUAACUCUCUGAUGUAUGAAUUGCCGUCCUACUCAUAUUGAUAUACACCCAUUUAAUCGAGUUUUGGAAAAACAUUUAACAUAUCCAUGUGCCAAAGUAUUCAAUAACCAAAACAACAAAAAUAAUUUUGCACUUCUGUGGAUUAAUAAAGGUAUUCAGCAAGUUCCUGGAUAUAAAAUUAAAUCUGCAUUUGACGUAGCACAACUGAAGUUCUUGAACUGUGAUAAAAGUAUGUUUGAGUGCAAGAGAAUUUGAAAAUUUCCUUCUGUAGCCUAAUAACUGUACAUCUCCAUCAUGAAUUUGAAGAUGGAAGAUUGAGUGUUUCUUUGAAAUGAAGCAAUUGUUAAUAAUGUACUGGUGUUAUAGUUCUUACAAAUAAGAUUUAUCAUGCAAGGUGCCAUUUUCAAAUGACAUGAUCGUGUCAGCUGUUAUUCUGUACAGUGUAAAUAUGUAAGCCAUAGCUUCCAGAUUGUACAUAAUUACCAUUUGUUAUUAUUAUCGAUAUCAAUGUGAGAAUGCUCUUUCUGUGUAUGUGAGGAUGCUUAAUUUCCAACUCAGAAUUUUUGUUUGGAAUCAUGGAAAUUAUUUAAAUUAAUUUCAAAAUGCAGAUUUCAAAGAUUUCAUUUGCUCUGUAGCUUGUGCACUGUUGUGAAUCACUGUGAAAGAAUGUAUGUUUUUCAACAGCUGUGUGAAAAAACAGAGAUGUGUGCAGUAGUGCAUAAUAUUACAUAACAGAAAAAAUUAACAAAAAUAAGUUUUAUAAAUUUAAAUUACCUUUAGACUACUGUUGUUUUCAUUCAUUCACUCACUAAGCUAGAGCACCUACAUGGCUGGAUAGGUACUCUAAAUCAGUCAGAUAAUUUAAUUUGCAUGUUUAUAAAGUGCAGAUGUCACGAUAAAAUGUGUUCAUUUGUCUCCACUUACAGUAUAAAGGAUUUUUUAAUAAAUAAAGGGAUCUUUAGCCCUUACACUUUUUCUGUGUAAAUUCUUUUCAUGUCAUCAGAAAUGUUUGAAGUCUUUGUCUAUAUUAAAAAGUAUUUUACUCUCAGUAACUUUCAGGCUUUAAUUGAAUGACUGAUUUUUAAAAGAAGUUGACAAACUCAAGCCAGGCAAGAAAGGGAAUUUGCGAAGAAUAUGUGGUAAACAAAGGUGCUUCUUUCAUGAGCAAUGAACUGAAAGCUUUUGAACUAGGUGGUUUGUUAUAUUAGUAUUCAUGUCUUUUCUAUGAAUCUCAUUGCCAUAAUUUGUCUGUGGCUUUGUAAAGAGGCUGUGAUUAGCUCAUCAGCUUAAAAAAUAACUUGAGAGAAUAUGUAAGAAAGAGUGAAAUUGACAAUAUUUGGAAUUACAUUGAGUGUUUUGGUUGAUUCAUCUUGUUAAGUUCCAAUAUUAUUUUAUUUUAUGAUGCACAAUGAGCUGUAUAUUGUUGAUAAAGGCAUUGGCAGUUCAAUUGUGAAAAAUCUUAAGGUAAUUUGUUUCCUUUGUAUGCCUGGCUAUCUAGAGGUGGUUUCUUCAAUUCAAAAAAAUUCAAAAAUGUAACAUUUGAAGAAAAUCACUUUUGCACAACCAUCUGCAUCAUAAAUACACCAUGUAUGUAAUUACACAGGUUGAAGAACUUCUGUUAAUUAAAUAUUGCUGCCACAUUGCUUUCUCAACUAUACAAAAGUGUAAGAGUUAGGAAAAGGUGACACUGUAUAGUCUCUUGUAUCAUGGUUUCAUUACCAAAACCCAAUCUGGUCAAUAUAUUGUUUUUAGAGAUUUCCAGGAUGUGUUUUGUAUUGGAGAACACUUAAAAAGCCUGAUAAUGGUGUAUAACAAUGAAGAUUAAUAAGUUAGGAGGCUGUGCCUUUUUGUAAGACUGCAUGCAGUAGAGAGUCUUACAUGCACAAGAAGCUGAAAAAUGAGUUUUUAACAUUCAUAUUCUUGUUACUUUAGUACUUUUUGCUUUGUUUACAGCUGCACUAACAUGUCUCAGUUGUAGAGUAAUAUCGAUUUUGCAGACUACACAUUUUAUAAAAAUUAGUUUCCUUUACAGAAUGUAUUUGAUAUGAAAUUGAGAUUUGUUAAAUAUUUAAAAAGCUUCUCUUUUUCUAGAUGCUCUCCUGCAUUGCUACUUUAAGCAAUAUUUAUUACAGUACAAAUAUCUUUUUUAACCCUCCUGUUCUUUGUGGAUUAUGAAUAUAUGGUGCCUUAUUUUAGUAAUUCAUUUAGCUUUAUAUGAUAUGUUUAAAAAAGUUACUUUUGGCUUUGGAAACUUAAGUCAAAUUAUGUACUUAAAUGUUACCUGUGUAAUUAAUUUUGUUAUUUUUGUCAAAAUACUGGAUGUCUAAUUGUAAUAUUUUAAUUGAAAUAAAUUAUAUAUUAUUAAUGGUUAUGCUUCUAUGGAUUUGA